AUGCGCGACGCGAGCAGGGCUGUGCGCUGGCGCUGGCUAUGUCCGCUUCUGCUACUGCCGGCCGGCGCCGUCCGCAUCGGCAGCAGAGGCACCUGCCGACAAAUUCGGUCUCGGCCUGCUGCCAUUUCACCGACGGCGGAUGACGAGGCCCGCGAUCCACGUGCAGCUCCGCCGUGGAUCACGGAGAACCAGGCGCUGCUCGAUGAGCUGCGCGCCGCAUCGACGGCGGAGCCUAGGGCCGCCACCGCAUCCACGUCGAGGCACGUCUCGCCGAUCGUCAGCCUUGAGGCGCUCGAGGCGGCCAUCGCGAGGGCCGACGCCGCCGGCCGCCUCGUCGCGGUAAAGUACUACAGCCCGCAGUGUCGUUCUUGCCUGCAGAUUAAGCCGCUCUACGAGAGGGCCGCCGAGGGUGCCUUUGGCGAGCAGGUCGACUUCUACGAGGUCGACAGUUUCUGCGCGAGAGUGCUGUGCAGCCUCGCCAACAUGCGCCUUCUGCCGACGGUGCAGGUCUACGGCCGAGGCGCGCUCCUCGAUGCUCGCACCGUCAACAACAAGGUGCUCUACCUCGAGUUCGAGGCGGCGCUGGCGAAGGCGGUGCUCAGUCAUUGCACGUUCUCGGUAGCGGGCGAGGCAGAGAGCGAUGCGGCAGUCGCUGGUGCAGCACGGCCGGCGGCCUCAUGGCCGGCGAUCGGAGGCGGCAGCGGCGCGCACAGAAUGGCUGGCCGGAGGUAA